AUGAGUGAGGUUGCUCAAACAGCAAGAUCCUCAUUGUUGGAUGUUAUUAUGGCAAGACACAAUAAUUUACAGGACCAAAAGACACAUUCCAGAUUGUUGUAUGUAGCAAAGAAACAUCAAGAAGAUACAACAAAUGGAAGUCUUACCGAACAAUAUCAUAUGGCUUUAUUUCAUAAAACUGGACGUAAGGAAGACGAUUUUUACGGAAUAUUAUUUGAAGGACAGGAAUAUUAUGUACAUUUCUUGGAAGGAACAAAGGAUUGCACCUUGGAUUUUCUGAGGGUUCUACACAGAGCAAAGAAGGAUGAUGAAUUUUUGAAGGAAUUUGAUUACAAAAUAUUAUCUGUCAAAAUAUUACUGUACACUGAUGAUUCAGGUUCACUGAGUUUCCCUAGAUGGACCUGUAGAGAUAUACCAACAGGCCAUCCAGCUGAAACCGAUGACGAUGAUUUUACAAAUGGAAAUCCACUCUCAAAGGAAGAAGAAAAAGCAGGAUUAAUUUGGAUUUUUAAAAUACAGGAAAUGGUCACACAAUUAGUGACUCUUGGUAAGAAGGUAAUGGGUCUUGGUAUCAGACAAAUGUCACUUUUCCUUGACAGUCUUAAUCAAGAUUUUCCUCAGAUUAUUCCAAGAGAAUCUCUCCUUAAAGAAAUAUCAAACGAAUGUGAACAUUGUUUCCAAUUAUCAGAUUUCCUCGAAGUUUUUGACAAGCCAAUCACACUCGAUCUAUCUGGUGAGAAUGUCUGGUAA